AUGGCUACGAGAAAUCUCAUGCUGCGAAGUACCACGCGUGUCUGUCGGAGCUGUUCACGACGCUCCCAGACCUUUCGGCGCAACUAUUCCACCCGGUCCAACGACUUUUAUGAUGUAGUCUGUGUUGGAGGUGGCCCGGCCGGGCUCAGCCUUCUCGCAGCUCUUCGAGCCAAUCCCGUCACCGCCGGACUCCGCAUCGCUCUCGUCGAAGCUCAGGACCUCGCGAAGGCAUCGACCUUCUCCCUCCCUGCCGACCAAUUCUCCAACCGUUGUAGCUCCCUUACGCCUUCGUCGGCGCACUUCCUCAACUCAAUAGGUGCAUGGCCGCAUAUACAGCGCAACCGCAUCCAAGAGUACCACGAUAUGCAGGUCUGGGAUGGCCUGACCGACGCGCGCAUCGAGUUUAACUGGCAGCCUUCCUCGGCGUCGGGCAAGACGAUUGCAUACAUGACGGAAAACCUGAAUCUGGUCUCGGGACUUCUCAAGCGUAUCCAUGAGCUAGGAGGUGUCGACAUCUUUGAUAAAUCCAAGGUGGAGAGCAUCGAGUUUGGGAAGGAAACGGAAGAGUUUGACUUGAGGCAAUGGCCUGUCGUGCACCUCUCGAGCGGCGAAUCGCUCACUGCGCGACUCCUCGUUGGUGCCGAUGGCGCCAACAGCCCCGUGAGGUCCUUUGCCGGCAUCCAGAGCAGGGGUUGGGACUACGGGAGGCACGGUGUCGUGGCCACUUUGCAGCUUGAUGGUAGCGGGUGGGGUGGUCAAUCUACCAAGACGGCUUAUCAGCGAUUCUUGCCGUCGGGACCCAUCGCCAUGCUCCCGCUCCCCGGAAACGUUGCGUCGCUCGUGUGGUCGACAACACCUAAGAAUGCAGCUAUCCUCAAGAAGCUGCCUCCGAAGGACUUCAUCGCCAUGGUCAACUCGGCCUUCCGACUCCGACCUGUUGACAUCGCCUACAUGCACACGAUGAGCGACGGCCAGAGCGAGGAACUUGCAUGGAGGGAGAAGCACACGCCUUUCGACCUAGAGAUGCUGCCCCAAACUGUCGUGGGUGUCCAGGAAGGUACUGUGGCAUCGUUCCCGCUCAAGCUGCGUCACGCCGACACCUACAUCGGCGAGCGUGUAGCCCUCAUCGGUGAUGCUGCGCACACCAUCCACCCUCUUGCCGGACAGGGACUCAACCAGGGCCAGGGCGAUGUCCAGAGCCUCGCGAAGGCCAUUCAGUAUGCCGUCUCGCAUGGCCAGGACUUGGGCACCCAGAUGUGGCUUGAGUCAUACAACUCGGAGCGGUACGCCGCCAACCACGUUCUCAUGGGCGUCUGUGAUAAAUUGCACAAGUUGUACUCGGUUGAGAGUGGGCCCCUGGUGCCGCUGAGGUCCAUCGGCUUGAGGGCUGCCAAUGCCUUGGGGCCACUGAAGAACUUCUUCAUGGAGCAGGCGUCCGGGACUGGGACCAAUAUGUUCUAG